ACUGACAUAUGUGCAUAUUUGACGUUUUUUACUUCAUUAUAUUUAUUUAGAUUUUCAAAAAUAAUAUUAAAAGAAAUUAUGUUAAAAAUUCGAAAACUAUCCAUGCAGUUAGCAAAAAAAGCACAAGAUGAACUAAAUGAAAAACCCUCUGAAAUGGAAAAUCACAUAAAAGAUCUUCGAAAUUGGAUUCUUAAACAACCUUAUUUAAUAGCACGAACAGAUGAUCAAUUUUUGGUCACAUUUUUGAGGGGAAGUAAAUACAAUCAAGACGUUGCAAAACAAAAAAUAAACCUUUUCUUUACGAUGAGAAGUCUUUCUACAGAGAUAACACAAAUGCGAGAUAUUCGAUUUGGAAAAAACGCCAAACUGUUAAAACUCGGAACAACCAUUCCAUUGCCAAUGCCACAAAGUUAUGAUGGACCUCGAAUCAUUCUGAUUAGGCCAGGAGCAUACAAUCCAGAAGAAUUCGACAUUGUUGAUGUAUUCAAAAUGUACAUCCUUCUAACGGAUUUUCUUUUGAUGGAAGAUGAUAAUUUUGUUGUGUCGGGGCAAGUGGGAAUUUUGGAUCUCACAAACGUCACAUCUGCACAUUUUGAUCAAUUUAAACCAGACAUUGUAAAAAAAAUGACAUAUCUUUGUCAAGAUUCUUUACCUGUUAAACCGAUGGGAUUUCAUUACGUGUGUUGCCCGGAUGGUUUCGAAUUUAUAUUCAAUCUAUUCAAGUCUUUCAUGAGUGACGAAUACAAAUCUUUGCUGUUUGUUCAUGGACAAAAUUUUGGAACGCUUUAUAAUCACGUCCCAAAGCAAUUUUUGCCUACAGAAUACGGUGGAGAUGCAGGAACAAUCGCUCAGUUAUCUGCGAAUUGGAUGAAAAAAUUAUUGGAUAAUGUUGACUCACUCAACGAAUGGAACAAGUAUGGAACGAACGAACUACAUAGGCCUGGCGCCCCAAUAACGGACGAAACAAUAAAAUUAUCUGAUUUCCGUAUUUAAGGGACAAUUAAUUGGGAAUUUCUGUGACAAUAAAAAACUAUGAAAACAUCA